AUGCCGUUUAUCUCUUCUGCUGAGCUCUCUUCGAGAGCGACUCCUCCAGACUUGCAGAAACGGAAGUAUGGCGAGCAGUCGCAGCCGUCAGAGCCAAAGCGGCAGAAGAUCAUGGGCGGGUUUUUGGAUGACGAUGACGAUGACGACCACGACGGAUUAGAGGCUUUCAAUGAGGCGCAAUAUCAGAGCGAGUUUGAGAUUCAGGAACAGCGUGUCGACCUUCCUCAGAUUUCUCAAUCUGGGUCGAGAGCAGAGCCGAAGCGGCCGAAGAUUAUGGGCGGGUUUCUGGACAAUGACGAUGACGAUGAUGACGGAUUAGAGGCUUUCAACGAUGCGCAUCUCGAGAGCCAGAUCGACACACAAGAGCAACCUGUCAAGCUUACCGAGGUCUCGCGGUCCCAGAGUACUCUAGAGUCGGUAGUUAUUAACUCUGUAACCGAGCGCAGCACAAUAGUUCCAGCAUACGCGCCGCCAAAUAUAUCACCUACCUCAGUGAAGAUAAAGACCUGCAAUGGGAAGGCGCUGAAUGUCCCACUCAAAAAACCCAGCGCUCGAGUUUCUUAUGAAAGACUCAUUGCUAGCCGCUCGACGACUGCUCCUGGAAGGGCACAGAAGAGUUAUUACGGAAUCGAUAUACACAGUCUACUUAACGAGUCUGCGAAAGAGGUCAAAGCUGCUGAAGCCCCCAAACCCGCCCCUGUAGCGGAUGUACGGCCAUCCAUUGAAGCUCCUAUUGGCGACAAGAGAAGCAAAAAGCUCUCUACAGCCAUGUGGACUGAGAAGUACCGUGCUCGCAAGUAUACCGAGCUCAUUGGGGAUGAACGCACCAAUCGUUCAAUCUUACGCUGGCUUAGAGGAUGGGAUCCUAUUGUCUACCCCAGCCUUGCCCGGGCUAAACAGAACAAAAAGUAUAACAACGACGAAGAGGAACGGCCUCAUCGGAAAGUUCUAUUACUCUGUGGCCCACCUGGACUGGGCAAAACGACUCUGGCCCAUGUCUGUGCAAGACAGGCUGGUUACGAGGUUUUAGAAAUCAACGCCAGUGAUGAGCGUAGCAGAGACGUCGUCAAAGGCAGAAUCAGAGAUGCCCUCGGCACGGAGAACGUGAAAGGAAUGAAUGUAGAACUGGGGGAGCAGAAAGUGCGCAAGGUUGGGCGGCCUGUGUGCGUUGUUGUCGACGAGGUGGACGGAGUGGUCAGCGGAUCCGGGGGUUCUGGUGAAGGCGGCUUCAUGAAGGCCUUGACCGAUCUCGUUCUUCUAGACCAGAGAAACUCAGCACGCACAUCCGAGCGAGCAUCUGACGGACGUAAGAGAAAGGGUGACAAUUUUCGGUUCCUUCGUCCGCUUAUUCUAGUCUGCAAUGACGUGUACCAUGCAAGUUUGCGGCCGCUCAGACAAUCUUCUGUCGCGGAAAUAAUCCACGUGCGUCAGGCACCGUUAGAGAACGUCGUCUCUCGCAUGAAGUCUAUCUUCACUCUUGAGGGGAUCCCGUCGGACAGCGACGGAGUACGACGACUCUGUGAAGCCUCAUGGGGCCUUGCAAAGCGAAAGCAACGCGGCGUGAGAAGCACUGGUGCAGCAGAAGGUGACAUCCGGAGCGUCCUAGUAGCUGCAGAAUGGGUAGCCCACAAGCUUCGAAAUGAAAGCUCCGCUCCUUUGAGGUUGACACGAAACUGGCUUGAACAGCGAGUUCUCGCAGACGCCGGAGGCGGCUCGUUUUUCAAAGGCAUGAACCGCGGUGGAGUACGCGACAUUGUGGAUCGAGUCUUUACUGAAGGGGCCGGGUUCCCAGACGUACCCCUUGGCGAUGAAUCUCUCCAAGACCCAUACGACCGCUCAGAGGCGGUUUCAGUGGAUGUCGCCAAUAUCAAAAAGCGCCAUGCAAUCAGGAGGCUGUGCGAGAUGGUCGACGCCAGCGGCGACCAUGACCGCUGUACUUCCGAGUGUUUCUCCUCAUACCCACUCCAACCAUAUCAAGACGAUACGUUCCUCACCAAACCGAACGCCGCUUACGACUGGCUUCACUUCCACGACACCAUCUCAUCAAGAAUUUACUCUGCCCACGAUUGGGAGUUGGGUGCCUACCUCAGCCAGGCAACAUCGGCCUUCCACCUUCUCUUCGCAACCGCGCAGGGCAAAGCUCAACAACAGUACAGAGAAAUAGACGAAGAAGAGGAGGAAGCACAUCCCUUCUCUGGCCCGCGAGCAGACUAUGCGGCCUUCGAAGCCACGAAGCAAAACCAAGCCAUUCUAUCUACGUUUCAGUCAUCCUUUUCUGCGCCUCUUCUCCGACUCUUCCGCUCGUCUAAUAAUGUAGCCACCGAACUUAUUCCGAACGUCAUUCGCAUGCUCUCGCCAGACAUUAAACCUGUCGUCGUGCGCGGCAGCGAGCAGAAGAGUGUGGCGAGCGUGCGUAAGGAGAGCGAGCGCGCUCUCGUCCAGUCCGCGGUCCGUGUAAUGACCGGUCUAGGCGUGACGUUUGAGAAAGUCCGCAUUGAGAAUGAGGGUGGCGGCCAUGGAGGGUGGGCAUAUCGCAUGGAACCGCCUCUUGACGCCCUUGUCUCAUUCUCUAAAGUUCCGGGCUUCUCAUCGGCUACGAAUCCCGUCCGCUACGCUGUCCGCCAAGUUCUCGACCAAGAAUACCGCAAGGAAUCAAUCCGGAAAAAUUCUGAGAACUUAUCUUCGACCGGCUCCAAGAAAUCCACCACAAAAUCUGAUGAUAUCGAGACGCCAGCAAACCCCGCCGAAGCCGCAAAAUUGAAGUAUGGCACCGCGGUGAAACGCGAUUUCUUUGGGCGGAUUAUCCAGGAUCGAGUGCCAUCGCCGCAAGAGGAUAUGGAGCAGGCUCUAUCGAGGAAAGCGAAGUCUGCGCAGCAGGAGCUUUCCAGUGCAGGCCGGAAGGUGUGGGUGACAUAUCAUGAUGGAUUUUCGAAUGCCGUGAGGAAACCAAUCUCGAUGGCGGAGUUGCUGAGUGGCUUGUAAUGGAGAUAACCACACUGGUUUGAUAUUUUCAUGGUGCUACGACUGGCGUUCAUACACACAGGUUUAGUAGUUCGUGGGCGUGGGCGUGGGCGUUGUAAUUUCAUUGUACAUAUGAUUUUUCUUCUCUAGUUUCAUAUUAUAUACGGAGUGCACAGA